ACGGCGCGAAGGAACUUCCCCGAUAGCGGAUCGGUCGCAGAUCAUUGAGGAUAGUGCGAGUUUCAGGUGUUCCGGUAAUUGAUCUAUCGACCAAAUAGUGUACAUUCGUAAUCGGCUAUCAUCGUACGCGAAACGAAAUAUCACUGAGUGUGCACGAGACGUUUUCACCCGGACCGUUUGGAAAUCGAGUGUAAUUACGAUGCUAGAGAUCCAGCCAGCAGAUAUUAUAAAUCAGGGGUUUGCGUGUGAUUUGUGAGUGGCCGCUUCGUCUUUCUGUCGACGGAUAUAAUUAAAGAAACGGAGGCGUGUCUUUAAAUAGACAAUUUAUUCCAUCGCGAUUCUCUUGUCAACUUGAGACGUUAGUUAAUCUUCGGUUUAUAUUAUUUGAACAACGAAGAAAAUCGGUACGACGUCGCUUGGAAACGGGCAUGCGAACAUUCUUGUACGGAUUUGAUUACGAUGGAGCUAGCAAUGGUGACAACCCUUCAGACAGUGUUUAGGAAAUAAUUUUGAUUGUGUGUUCGAUGAACGAUAUGCGGAGAGAUUUCUGUUAAGUGCGGAAGAAGAAUGCUGAUCUUUUAGAAUGUAAAGUGAACAAAGAUGUUUGGAAUGAACAGAAGCGGCGCUAAAGCUUGGUUGCUGCUUUUCCUCUUGCUGGUUCAAGGUGGCAAGUGCAUCAAGUGGCUAGCUCUCGGUCGUACAGGAGACGAUUUUAUAUGGACACGGGAGACAUGUACCAGUGCGAAAAGCUCCGGUCUUUUAGAAAGAAAACAAGCAAGAGCAUGUAGAGCAGCGCCAGACGUGAUGCCCAGCUUAGUGCAAGCAGCGAAGGAUACUUCGACUGUGUGUCAGCAAGCAUUUCGAUAUCGUAGGUGGAAUUGCAGCAGCAUUGAACGUGCACCGAAUUAUACUCCCGAAUUACUUACGGGUACCAGAGAACAGGCGUUCGUUUACGCAAUGUCGGCUGCAGCAGCAGUUUGGAGGCUCGCAAGAGGAUGUGCUUUGGGUAAUCUCGCGGCUUGUUCGUGUGCAACUCCACCACGAAGAGAACCACCUUCGCCGUCUGCAUUGAUUUCACCUUCCUCUUUUACCGCCACGUCGGUUUCUUUUGGACCUCCAUCGGCUAGGAACUCCUUUAAAUGGGGAGGUUGCGGAGACGACGUUAGAUCCGCGUCCCGGAUAGCCAAGAGAUUUCUUCAGGGUGCUACUCCUCCUGGUACAGGCGUCACUGCGAAAUUUAUGCACGCCGUUAAUAUGCACAACAACCGUGCUGGUCGGAGGGCAGUAGAACAGUCCUUAACGUUGGAAUGCAAAUGCCACGGAGUUUCUGGAUCGUGUAGCGUGCGAACCUGUUGGAGAGGACUCGGUUCUUCGGGACCUGUUGCCGCCGGAAGUCGUCUACUCCGAAGAUACGCGACAGCGGCAGAAGUUAGACCAAGAUCAGGUGGAAGGUUACCACCACUAUAUCACCACGAUAAUCUAUUAUAUACCACUAAAAGCCCCGAUUACUGUCUUCCCGAUAAAAAGAGAGGAAGUCUCGGAACUGUUGGCAGACAAUGUAAUGGCAGCAGUACGGGUUACGAAGGUUGCGAAUAUCUCUGCUGUGGUCGAGGUCACACAACUAAAACAGAAGAGGUUCUAGAAAGAUGUGACUGCAAGUAUAUUAGCUGUUGCUAUGUAAAAUGCAAGACAUGCAGAAAAGUCAUAAAAACGUACGAGUGCAAGUGAAAUUGGAAGAUUUUAAAUACCACGAGAAAAAAUCUCAUCGAAUAUACACUACCAUUCAAAAGUAUCCGAACACAAGCGAAAUAUAUAUUCGCGUUGCAUAAAAGUUAUUUACGUAUCUGCAACAGUAACUAACAUCGAUUUUUUUUCUGCAAGGGUCAGAAUACUGGAACGUUUUUCGAUUGAUAAUUCGACGAACUAAACCAAAACUGUCGAGUGUAUAGCAUUACCUCCAUUAUUAUUUCCAUCGAGGGAAUCUAAACGUCUAUCAACAGUUUACAAAUACUCGAAACAUAUCGAAGAACUUUCUGAAUACGUUCUGCAUCCUAGAAAUGAAACAAAGUAGAAAUUAAAAUUUUUUUU